AUGAAUAUUAAUAACUUCAACGGAGAUUUCCUCAACAAAUAUCGUGGAAUCCGUAACUACUACAUUAAGCUUUUUAUCUCAAAACUAAGUGAAUUGGUAAAGUGGAGGCCUAAUGGAUCAAUUCUUGAGGUUGGAUGUGGAACAGGUGAUGCAACACUCAAGUACAUUUGUCCAGAACUUCCCCAAGACUUCUCCAAAUUAGUCUGUACGGACAUCUCGGAAGAAAUGGUGGAAGAGACUGAAAAGCUCUUUGCAAAGGAUCCAAAAAUAUCUUGCAGUGUUUUGGACAUUACCAGAGAUUUAGAAGCUUCUGAGAAAAAUCAAUUUGAUCAUAUUUUGUCAACGCAUUGUCUGAUGUGGGUAACAGAUCAACAGAAGGCAUUUCAGAAUUUAUAUGAUCUGCUAAAGCCUGGUGGAAGCUGCUUCUUGAUCUUCGUUUGA